CUUACAAGAGGAGGGGAGGGGGUCAGUAUGGAGAUCAUGCCUGGGAUUUCCCAGCCCUGUUGUGGUACCUUGCCUCUAUUGCCUGAUAUCCAUGAACAGAAUGUGGCUUUUGUGAUCUGUGCAUCGGAGAGGGAGCCCUCCAGGCUAUGUGUCCUGAAAGAACUUCUCAUAAAGACUCUAUUUUCACUGGCCAGCAAGCCCGUGGAUUCCAUGUUCAGUGUGUUCAGCAGUGCCACUAAGGAGUUAAAAUGGAGGCCUGGAAUGGUGGAAUGUUCCCUUACCAAUGUUGCUGAAGCAUCUGCCUGGAUCCGAGCCCUUCAUUGUGGCAGCGAGGUCAUGGCCCGGAGUGCAGUGGCAGCAGCACUGGAAGAGCCCACUUGCCAGGCUGUGUACUUGUUCACCAGUGGGCUGCCUAAGAGUGCCACAGAGGAAAGCUGUAGCCACCUUAGCCUGAUGAGGCCAACAUGCCCGAUCCACACUGUGCACUUGAUAGGAAAUGACGAGCACAAUAAAAACAGCUCACAAGAAAUAUUGGAGAAAGUCGCCCAGGAGUCUGGAGGCUCCUUUCAAGUGAUCAGGCUCAACUGUGACAGAACUUCAGACGAGGAUAAUCCUGGCUGCUUUGCAGACAUUCAUCAUUCCAAUUGUAUGAGCCAGCAGCACUGCUCACCUCUGCUGACUGAUCAUCACAAAGCACAUUUUUCUUUGGGUGCACAGAGCUCGAAUUCUCCUAAUAUCUUUCUGGGAAGUUCAGUAAAGGAAGAUUUAGUGGACUGGUUCCCAGAGAUCCAUGACUUCCAGAGGGGAAUCCGGGUCCUGGCCAGAAAAGAAACAGAUGGGUAUUACUAUCUAGGUCACAUAGUCCAACAGGUGAAGGGCUCCAGAGAACGUGUUCUAAUUGAGUUUGAGAGAUCCCAGCGAUCAUUGAAAGGCAAGGUUCAGCUUCGCAUGCAAGAAACGCCUCUCUAUGAUGUCAUCCAUCAUGAGGAUGGCAGGUGGCAGCCUUUAGCUCCAGGCGACAAAAUCCUGGCUCCGUGGGAAAAGAAAGGGGAACGGUAUGGCCCAGGCGUUGUCCUCCAGGUUGCAGAGAUGGAGCCACCUCAUUCCGCUUUUAAAAACAGCAAAGUGCUGGUGAAUUUCUGGAAUGGUCAGACUAAGGAAGUGUCAGCGGAUGUUGCUGUGAAGAUCCCUCCUUCUUGGAGUGAACGCAUCGUCCUUGAGCUUCAGAUGCCAUUAGGAGCCAGGCAGAUGUUGUUGGAGCAGAACCCGGAUUAUCCAGCAGUUGUGCCUCCUGGCUACAGAGCAUCAGGACCUUGCAGACACAACCAUUUUGGUCCAAUCCACUGGCAUAAUAGACCAAAGGCCCAGUGUGCUGGUCCUGGCUGCCGCUCUCCCCACCGCCCCCUUUGUCAUUUCUGCUUCCCAGCUUGGGAGUCUGUUAGGUCCCUGGGAUGUACAGUGCAACCAGAUGAUGCCUUGAUCCCAGGAACCGACGUGACAAAGGAAGAACUGAUUAAAAAGAUAGAAGAGCAGCUGUCAAAAGGGAGGCUGCCAAUUUCCAAAAGUUGUGUGAGCGAGCAGGACGCGAGCAGGAAGCUAAAGAAAGAAAAAAACUCUGUAGAUCUGAAAUCUAGCGAAGCGACGGAAAAUGCCAUUGCAAAACCCAAGAAGGAUCAUCAGAGGGAAAGGGCUUCAGGAGAUCCGAGGGAAGGGACUGGCACCAAGGUGGAUGUAGCUGUCAACACAGACAAACGUGUAGCUUGGCAAAACCAGAAAGGAUGUUUCCAGCCCAGUAUGAAUAAAUCUUUAGCACAACCUUCCCAAAGGAGUCCUCCUCAGCAGGCCUAUGCUGGAAGCACUUCCCGACUCCAAACUAUGUUUGCCUGGGUGGAUCAAUCACUGAAGAAAGACCAUUCAGCCAUCCAGUCGGCUUUGCCUAUGAGGAGGAGCUACAGUGCACCAUCUGUGCAGAGAUUAGGGGCAAAAGAAGCAGCUCAAGAUGGCUCAAGAGAGAAGGACAUCGACAUGGCCAGAGUAGAGUUUAGACGUAAAAAGUGGGAGCAGAGGCGGCUCAAGGAAGAGCAGAAGAAUCAGGAGGAGCACCUCAAAAGAGAGCUACUGCUUGAGAAAAAGAGGCAGAGAUCACACCAGCGAACCUUGCAAGGCUCACAAAAGCAGCAGCAGACCAGAGACCGGGCUGGGCAACACAUGGAACAACUCCAGGCAGCAAGAGCGGAGUGGAAAAGGCAGGAAUUGGCCUUGCAGGAAGAGGAGAGGAACAGAGAGAAUCAAAGGCUGGACUUCUUAAAGAGACAACACGGACGGAGAGAGAAGGGGCUGACUGAACACAACCAAAGUAGUGAUGACCAUGAGAAAAAGAGACUGGAGCUGCUCAGAAACAGAAUGCAAGCCAUGCAGAAGAGUCUGGAAGUUGCAACCCAGGAGCAGGAUAUCCGGAAGAGGGAGAAAGAGGCUAACAAAGGGCUCGUGUUCCAGAAGAGGGACCGGAUGUCCCAGCAGGUGGAGAAGGAGAACCAGAAACAGCGGGACCUCCAACAGCAUCUCCGAGAGCAGAGCCUCCUGCUGCUCCGAGCCUCACUGCUACCAUAAAGACACCAUUUGAAACGGUU